CUAUUGUUCCCGUUGCUUUUGGACAGUUGAUCACAAGCGAGUGUAAAGACUACGCAGAGAUUCUUACAAAAGCACGGGAAUCUAGAACAGUGUUUUAUGAUUAAAAAAUUAAUAAAAAAAAAAAACAAUAAGUUCAUUAAAAUCUUUUUAUUUACUUCGGUCACCUUUAUCAGAUUCAACAGAUCGAUUGCCGCCUGAAGAAGAAAGGUAAUCAAAUUUAUAAUUAACUUACACGUGUGAAUCAAUUUUAUAUAAUUAGGCUGAACCAUAUUUUUUGAUUACAACAAAACAUAUCCUACAGUAAUAUUGUAACCUACUUGUUAAGAAUUAAAAUAUCACUGGAAGACAAAUACUAAACGCGUGUUUGCAAUUAAAAAAUGUUUUUUAUGGUAAUUUCAUAUAUUGUAAAAAAAAUAAAAUAAAAAUAAUAUGCAAAUUUUGGCCGGUAAAACGGCACUUGAUUUUGGCCACAAGCUAAAUGUGAUUUUAGAAAUAAUUUUCAAACAAUAUUGUCUAACCGGAUUGCAAUGUCUGUAUGCCACCUUAAUCCAUAUUAGAAAAAAGAUACUCUACAGUUAUAUUAUGAUAGGUUCACUGGUUUUUUUCUAGAAUAAAUUGAAAUCAUUAUCUACCUAUGUAUGUUUAUUAACUCAUUUCCAAGACUAAACGUUAAAAAAAAAAUAUUCGAACUUGAUUUCGUGUUCUCAAAUUCUUUUUUGAUGAAUAAAAAAUAAUAAUUAAUUUUUCUCAUCGUAUCUUCUACGAACCAUCUAUUUGCCAAUAAAUAUCCAUUCGUUGUAGAAUCCUUUCGCCAAUGUAUCUGGUUACCGAAAUAACGAGAUAUUCAUCAAAUUCAUUCUACGUUUCCCCAAUUACGACCGUCCGGUUGAGUUUUGUACAAAGUGGUACAUUAUAUAUUUUAUGAAAUAUAGUAUUUAUUAUAAACCCUCCGAAUGCAUUUUUGAAUAUUUUUAUUUGAAUUGUAAUUUUCACUGAAUUUUAAACAUUAAUAAUUCACAACCGUAAAAUGCGGAAUGUGCCUCCAUCGCUAUAUUACUCGCGAUACAGACAGAAAGAGAAGAAAAAAUAUACCAGUGACAAAGCUCCUUAAUCGAGAAUUCUAUAAUUGUAUUUGUCAUGCUACACGGUUUUUAUAAUUAUUAUAAUAACAAUAUUGUGUUUCUCCUGCCAAAUUGCAUAAUGCCGUCGGUGUACGCACGGCAGUUAAACUCCACGCGUGGUCUAUUGUAUAGCUAUGUUUUAAAUUCCACGUGUCCACAUCCGACAAAUUAUGAAGGUGCACAUUUUUUUAAAUGCAAAUUCCCGCAAAAUUAUUUUAAAACUAAAUCGUUUGGAAUUUAUUUCGGUAUUGAAAAUAAUAACAUGUUACGCGAGUUGUAUGGUCGCUGAUAGUGUAAUUUACAAUACCUGAGAAAAUAAUUUCGAGAAAAAAAUUUUUUUUUUUUUUCCGGCCUGGAGGUGACUCUUUAAUUCACACACUGUAAUUAUUAUUUUUAUUAUUCCUCGUGUAUAUUUAUUAUAUAGUGAUGCAUUUAAGAAAAGAUUUUUGUAUAGUUAAUUUACAUAUUCCCUACAGCAAUAGGUAAAUAUACAGAUUAAUAUCAGAUUAAUAAUAGAUUAUUAUCUAUUAAUAUAUUGAUUAAUAUUAUUAUAAAGUGAUGCUAUUUGUAAGGGGUAAUCUUUGAAAUUACUGAACUAAUUUUAAAAAUUCUUUCAGUAAUAGAAAGCUAUACUAUCUUUGAGUAAUAGACUUAUUUUUAUUCCAAAAUUUAGCUUCUAUAAGGUGGUUUAUUCAUGAUUUUCUGUAAUAUUUAAACAAAAACUAUAUUAUUCUUGUUAGCGUAUAGGUUACUUUUCUACACGAGUGGUAAAAAACAGUUAUGAUACACUGACGGUAGAGCAUUUUUAUCAAUAAUUAAUAAUUUAGUAUUGAAUUGCCUAAAAUGCCAAAAAAAUCAGAUAAGGGUGGUCAAAAUACUUCGAAUUAAAAAUUAAUAACACAGGAAAAUGCGUUUUUAUUUUUAAUAAAUUUGUUUUAAUUCAAAAAUGUACACAUACAAAGCCCUACAGGAAAGCUAGUUAUUUAUAAUAUUCAUAAAAGUGAAUUAUAUAGCAUGCCUAAUUAAUAUUGAAUAUCUUCAUGUGAAGAAAUUCAAGAAGCCAAUUAAAAUAUUAAAUAAGGAACAUUAUUCUAAUAAUAAUAUUCUUGGCUGAUAUUAGCUAAUAUGCAUUCAAUUAGUUUCUCUGUGCGUCAAUUUUUUAAUAACAAUGGCGAUAAUAUGAAAAGAGUAUAUCAAUGUGUAUAAGCUCGUAUACUGCUCCAGAAAAAUCCUUUAAAAGGCCACGUACAAUGAACUGCAUUGGACCUCAAUAUCUUCCGAUCCAGCCCUUGUUAUAUAUUCAGUUUAUCUCAAUAAUUGUCAUGAGUAGUAUUUUAGUUUAAUAUAAAAUCAUUUCAAGUUAAAUUAAAAUAUUAUUUUGUAUUCUUGUGUAUUGAACAUAUUAACAGAUAUUAACUUUUCUCCUGAUUUAUAUUGUUAUUGUCCACUUUCAAGUACCCUAGAUUAUAAUUUUAUGAUAUUUGUAUUCAUAUUCAUUUUAUGUUGUCUAUUAAAUAAGUUUAGAAAUAAAUUACUUGAUUUAAAAAUAUCUGAAUUCACUUAUUUUACCUGAUUCUAUAAUUUUUUUUCUUCUAUUAAAAUAUUCGUUCCACUGCGUGUGGAAGAGUAGAUCGUCUUUUUCGAAAUGGGUAGUAAUAUUGUUUUUAUAACAAAAUUAUAGUAUUAUUUAUUAAAAAUUAUGGAUGUGUAUAGAUAGACACGCAGUUUUAUUCGAAUACAAUCUAUAUUUCGGUGAAAAAUAACUUAUAGAUAGAUAGAUACCGAAUCCCAUGGCAUCGUUGAUUAUAAUAAUAAUAAUAUUGUAAUCCAAAAUCAUAAUCGAGAAUUAUUUUCAAUGGACACGAUAUUUACACGUUAUAUAUUCGAGAACAUAUUAUCACUAUCUAUAUAUAUAUAUUACUGUUUUUAAAAAAUAAUAAAUUAUUGCACGCAUGUAAAAAUUUAAUAGCGGUGAUCAAAUCCAACUCGCGUGGUAUAUUUUUCAUUAAAUCGCAUGCAAAAGGUUUUAAAUUAGAUAAUUAAAGGUAAUUAAAAAAAAAUGUUUUUGAAAAAAUCGGCAACGUUAUAAACUUAUAACACAAUAUCGGUUAUCGAACUAAAAAAAAAAAUCAAAUCGAAAAACGUUUGAAUUUAAAUCCAAAAUUAUAAUUACAAUUUAUAACUAUUUCAUUUUAACUACACAUAUUAUAUAGAUGUAUAUUAUGUACUAUGUAGGAUACAAAGUUAAGAAUUUUUUUAUUGAAAAAUAAUAAGUAAAGUAUUUCAUUUAUUUCAUUAUAGUAUAAUAAACUAAUAUUGUAAUACGUUGUAUAUACAUUAAAUUUGUUACAUAAUGUUUAUGAAAUGUGGAUGUCUAGCAAAUCUGGCACACCUUUUGCAUUUUAAACAAUUAGUAAUUUAUAUAAUAUCAUUGUUAUGAAUCGUUUAUCUUCAUCUAGGCACUUAUUCUACCAAUAAUCUUUUAUCAUUAUCUAGAUUUUAGAUUCUGACAAAAGCAAGGAAUGCAUUUGUAAUAUAUUGAAUAUUUAAUACAUGUAUAGUAAACGAUCAAGAUUACACAGCACAAUUAUCAGUUCCAUCAAAACAUCUCUUAAACAGUGUUGCCACCUUAAUACGGCACAUAUUAAAUCAAGAUAUGUGUUUUUAUCGAUACAAUAUAGGUACUUGUACAUAUAUUGCAAUACAAUUCGAACGAUCACGCAAACACACGUAUAGAAACAUUUACAGACAUAUUAUACCAAUUUUAUCAACAUAUUACUCUGUGAGUCUAUUCAAGGUCUUAUUCGACCGAAUGCGCGUUGUGGCAACACUGCCGUCAAUCAUCAUAUCGAUAGAUAGAUCGCGGGGUGUUCGCGACAUACGUCAUACAUACGAAUAGUAAUAUACCUAUACCUAUCACCCCCGUAUAACUUUAUACUCUUUCUUUUUACUCCUCUCCUUUCCUUUUUCACACCUUCUUCUCCUUUUUGCCCUUCCUCAUUGCCCUCCUUUAUUUUAACGUUACAUUUUUAGUCUACUACACAUUGAUUUUAUAAUGAUGUUUAUUUUUUUUUUUACUUACACAGUGUUAAAAAACUCUAAAUAAUCAUAUUACAUUAUAUUUUCUAUCAAUAAAUUUGACUUAAAAUCCCAAUCAUAGUAAUGCAUAAUAUUAAAUACAGUAUAUAUAUAUAUAUAGAGGUAUAUAUUAUUUUUAAUAGUAUUUUUAUUUAAAAAAAUAAUAAGGACUAGAUGGAAAGAAUUAUGAAAAAGUUUGCUACCAAUAUCCAUAACUGUUAAAUAGAUUAAGUUGGAAAACUAUGUACAAACAACUUAUUACAUUUAUUUAAGUUAAUAUUGAACUGAGAGAAAUGUAAACAUGAAAGAGACAUUAAUAAAAUAUGAUUCAGUUUGCCUCAUACAAAUGAGUUAAAAUUAUAUUAUAUUUUAGGUCAUAUAACAAUACAUUAGAAAAAUUAAAAUCGCCAAUCAAAAAAAAAAAAAAAUUAGAACCUGGGUUGUUACGAUAGAUUUCAUCGAUAAAAUUAAUAUAUUAUACAUUCUUCAAUUUAUCUGUAGUAAGCGAAAUAAUAUCUGAACCAACAGUUAAUAAUUGGUUUUUAAAUCGUAAAAGAACAAACAUUUGCUCCAAUGAUAGUAUUGACACAUUUAAUAAAUAAUAGAAUUUAUUGAAUUAUUUACAGCUAUUAAUGAGCCACCACCUCCAGAAGCAAAAACUUUUAUUUUUAUUGAGAAAAAUUAUGAAGUUUGUAAAUCUUAACUCAGUAUCACUUAGUUUUUCGUUAAGCCAAAUUUCAGGAAAAAUAUAAAUGUAAACAGAAUUAGAUACGGGGAGAGAAAUAUUUAAUACAUUUAUUUUUGUGUUGAUACCACAUACAUUCUGAUAAUACAUUUUUAUUUCGAACGAUAUUAUAUAAUUACACUUAAUUUCAUGUUUUUUGAGUUUUGUAUAACAUUUAGAUUACAUUUACAUACCAAACAAAUAGAUCUAGUUCACCACUAAAUGUCCUCUCGUCGAUUUUCUUAAUUAUGCUAAAGCAUUGAAUGUGUUUCUUAGGUAUAGCGACCACAAUAUUUUUCCGUCUCCGUAAACUUUCUGGCCUGGUUUGUUGUAAUUAUUUAAGAUUGAAUUUAUUUAGUUUAUUUCAUUUUGGUUCUGUAAUAUUGACAUUAUUUUCAGAAUUAUUAUUAUAAUUAUAACUGAUACGGAAUUGGUUCUAUUUUGUCAUUCUUUCUAUUACUGAUUUUUUUUUUUUUUUGUUGAUUUUAUGAAUGUAAUUUUAAACGUAAUAAUUACGAUGUGAUUGCACAAUUAUUGUGCAAUUAUCAUAAUGAAUAUUAUGAAUUAUUUAAAUUUUUAAUUAUUUUGUCAAAACAAUAAAAUAAUACAAAAAGUAUAUUAAUUCAUCAACAAGAAAAUAUGGAAAAUAAUUCUUCAUUUUUUCCUAAAAUGAUAUUAGUAAUAUGUUUUUAUCUUUAACUUGCAUUAUUUAAUUACAAUUUACAGUUAUUUAAAUGGCUACAAAUAUAAGCUAGGUAAGCGAUUCCAAAAUGUGCCAUGAAGGCCCGAAUAAAGGGGUAUGAAAGCCCGGAAAGUCAUAUUAGUAAGGCGCCCUAUUCUAUUAAAAUGGAACAAAUAAGCAAAAAAAAACAUUAAUGAUUGAAUUAUAAAAGUUAUUUCACCUCUAUUUUAUAUUUUUUUUUACAAGUUCUAAUGUAUAAUUUCAUAAAUUUAUACUAUUUAAACAAAUAUUAGUGUUGUAUAUUGUUAUGUUUACCAAUGCGAGUCGUUAAUUUUCUAUAAUUUUUGAAAAUUUCAAAAAAUUGUAGAUAAAUUAACUACUCGUCAUUGGUAAACAUUUGUAACACCAACAUUUUGUUUCGUAAUAAAUGUAUAAAAUAUUUAUAUUGGAUUUAUUUUUGAAAUUUAAAUUUUUUACUUUUAGUUUUUGAAAAAAAUAUAAACCAUACUAGUAAUAACGUAAGGUUCUAGUAACUAUUAUUUAUCACAGAAAAGAAAUACUUAAAAGUAUAGAACAGUACGAAAGUUAAGGCAUUAAUUGUUAGAUCUCCGUGUGGCACUUUGUACAUUUCGUCGAACCAAUAACGCGAUAACAGUUUAAUACCAUCAGUAUUAUAAUAUUAUAUUAACGUUUUCUAAUUAGAUAAUAUUGUUAUAAAUUCUUUCACAACAUAAGAUGUAUUACAAAAGACGAUGUAGUUUUAUAGUUAUUAUAAUAUACAAAUUAAGCCGAAGAAUAUUACCAAAACCAUUGAUUUUAUAUAAUAUAAUAUACAGAUGACUCAGAUGAUUUGAUGUCAUAACAUCUCUGUUUGAUUAAAAAUUGUAUCCAUAUAGUAUUCCUAUCAAAUAAAUACUAAAAAAAAAAGAGCUGAUACUGAGGACGGAAGUGGCCACUAUUGUAAGUAACGAUAAACCAUUGCUUGACGAAAGAUGAUUUCAAGCACAGUUCGGUAGUAUAUCAUUUGAAGUACCGUAAUUUUUUUUUUGCAAUUUUUGUUUAAAGUUAAUUUCAAAACGCUUAUUAAAAAAAAAAUGUCGUCCGAUGGUUUUGAAAUUUCACCAUGUCUAGGUAAGUCCAAUAUAAGUAAUAUUAUCAAGUUUCAAGUCUUUACGUAUAUUUAUAACUGAAUUAAAGCAAAAAAAAACUCCCAAAAAAAUAAAAUUCCCAAAUCUCAAAAGUGGCUCAAAAAAAUUGGCGAUGAUACCGUAUGAAAGUAAAUCAAAAAGGCAACAAAAUAUGAAUCAUGUGAUUUUUCGAUUAAAUCAUUUUUUCUGAUAGAAAACUUCGUCCGUGUUUUUAUAAAAUAAUGAAAUCGUGAAAUUGUAUGUUUUCUUGAGUGCGUUACGAUUGUGUACAGACCUUUUCACAAUUACGAUUGUGUACGUUUUACCAACCCAAAUUUAAUGCGACGUUGCCGAUGAAUGUUCACAAGCGUGAAAUUUGUGAAAAAAUUGUAAAUUAACUUAUUUUAGUAAAAACCUUUGAUUAACUAACCUUUAAUGUACCAAGGUAUCUAUAGUUUAAUAAACAUAAUUAUGACAUUAUUUCCAUAACUACUAUUCCAACAGUAAAGUUAUCCAAAAAAAUAAUCGCAUGUAAUAUAACUAAUAUAAAUACCUAUUCGCUCAAUUUAAAAUAGAUGGUAAUGUAUUACAUUUUUUUUCUGCAGGGACUGAUUAUUAAUACCAACGUUUUAUAUUAUUAUUUAUCAUUUAUAAUAGCUUUUAAUUGACUACUAUUGGUUUUAUUUCAAUAAUACCUGAUAAAAUAUAACACAAAAUAAUUUUUUAUUAAUUCACACAUAAUUUUUACCUAUCAGUUAAUUUACUAUAUUCACUAGAGUCUCUAGGUAUUCGUAUUCUAUACGUUCACAUACCAAUUUUAUUCAUAUAGUAAAUAAACUGAAUUGGCAACGAGUUAGCAGAGUAUUGGAAACGUUGCACCUCAAUUAUUUGAUUCAACUUAUAAUAUUGUCUUUUUGGGCCCCUAUUUCUUGUGGGCUUGAGAAUUGAUUUUAUAUAUAAUAAUAUAUGCCACUCUAUACUUAAAACUAUAUUAUAUGAUUGUUUAAAUUUACGAGUAUUGUAGUACUUUAUAAGACAAAUAAGUAAUUUUACCUAUAUAUAUAUUAUAUUAUAAUUUUGAAUUUAAAAUAUCUUAUUAUUUUAUAGCAUUACAUUAUCUUAUAAUAAAGGGAAUAGACAAUCGCUAAUACCAAACCCAAAUACUAAUAAAUAAAAAUGAUAUUAUAAUGUAGGAUGUGUUUAAAUUUUAAAAUUUAAAAGACCAUAAAGACGACCAUGACAGCGGUAGAGUGACUGAAUCAGAGAAUUUCUGAAGCUCCUAGGAAUCAGAGAUGAAGAAAUGUUAGCAUUGAAUAGAGAACCUUAGCGAGGCAUAGUGGAAGCAGCGAUGGGUCUAAACGGCUUCGAAUAAGCCAUAAAAAACUUUAAUUAGACUAUUGACCAAAUAGAUAUGAAAAAUCAAAAACUCAAUUUUGUUUCUAAAUUAAAUUAUAAUUGUACUGAACAAUAAUCUAAUCGAACCAACCCAAUUAAUAUUCAAAGAGUUUUAAUCAUAAACCACGAACAAUUUUUCUAUUCAAAAAAGCGUUUUCCGAGAAACAAAAACAGCCACACAUCUUAAUAAUACGAAUAGUUUUAUUGCUCUACUCAAAGUCUUAAAUAAAAUUUGUUUUAUGAUAUUAUUAUCUACUCGUACAUGUACUCGUAUAUUAUUUAAUUUCUCAAUCCCGGAAAACUGACCUAAAAAUAAUAUUCCAGUGAUUAAACUCCGGAGCAUCGUACAAUAAUUCCACGAAUCACACGAGUUCCACGAUAAUUCCACUGAACUUAACCUACGUCCCGACUACACGCAUCGUGACUGUGACGGUGGCCAUACGUUACGUACCUAUGAUGCUAUUAUUUCGCCGCGAUAAUAAGCAAACCUAUAGUCCAUUAAUUAUUAGGAACGUAAUAAACUUUUGUUCCGGUCGAUCAUCGUAUUUUACAAAACUCGUUUUAAGUAAAAUGUCCGUAUUGUACUGUAGAGGGGCACGCCAACGGGAUGGCGGUUAAUUUCCCCGGUGGGUAUAAAUUCAUCGUUUCGUAUCGUGCGAGUCGGUCGUUCGUCGAUAUAGGUACUUGCCUAGUAAUAAUUUUGCACUUGAGUGCGGCAAAAACUUUCCUUCUUUUUUUAUUAGUUUCGCUAUUUGCCCUUUGUACAAUAUACAGUAUAAUAAACCGUCUUGUGUGCGUUAUUUUAGUCGUAUUUUAUGUACAUAAUACUCGGGGCCGGUUUAAGACGCAAGCUUAAGCCAAUAGCGACAUCGCCGUUAUUUUUAUACGGGUGACAUUUUUUAAUCCAAUAGUAAAAUCUAAAAUUAUAAUGAGGUCCAGGUUUUUUUUCAUCAGUAAAAACAUUUAGUGAAUUAAUAAGCAGGAAAUAGAAUUAUUUUUUAGUGUUGAUACUUUUAAAAUUAGUGUGCGUAGCGUUUAUCUACAAGCGUAUGUAUUUUCAAAAUUUAAUUUGUCCAUAUUUAAAACACCACUCAAUCAACCAAAGUAUAUUCUUUGUAAACAUAAAUUUAUUAUUAUAGGGAGUUUUGGCUAAAAUGAUGAACCCUGCAAAGAAAAUAUUUUUCUAUAUUUUAUAAUAUCGAACUAAAAUAUAGUUUUUGUACUAGGAAUCGUUUUCAUAUAUUGUGUUCCCCAAAUUCCUGUGUCCUUAAAUCGAAUUAAUUAAUAAUCGAUUUUACCCUAUUUUAACCGUCUGGCUGGGUACAACGGGAUUUUCGGUUGUAUGGUAUACAUAAUUGUAUUUUUCAGUGCUUUUUCUAACAAUUUUGUCUUGUUGUUUUUCUUUUACACUUCCUAGAGAAUUAUUCUUCCUUCACUCCGAGAAACACUAUAUGUAUUAUACUUCAGUUAAUUUUGUAAAUUAUAACUGUCUGUACGCAAAUUAUACUGGUAUCUACCCAUAAGUACUUAUAGUAUUAUCUGAGGACAAAAACGCGCCAACAAAAAAUAAUAUACUCGUAUUAUAAAUAUUCAAAACUAAUAAAUUUGGUGGUCGCUAUGCAUUUUUUUACCCGUAUAUUUUUUUAUUUUUUUUUUUUAGAAUUUCCGCAUAACAUUACCAUAUUAUGAAACGGUUGUGCGCGUUUCGAUUACGUACCCGCCGUCUAAACAAGCAGACCCCCGGGCGUACUUAUCUAAUGCUGCUCCAUGUUGACUAUAUAUAAUAAUGUGUAUAUAUAUAUGUAUAUAAGAGCUUAUAGUUCUCUCGCCCCGGGUGACGUCUUCGCGGGCACCAGACACUUCAAAUGUAUUACCCUAUGUGUACCCCCCCCCUUUUAUUUACCCCAUUCACUCUAGACUUUCCCAACACUGUCAUUCUCGAAUCAAAGGAGAAAACCGCGUUUGUUACCGAACCGAACAUGGUUAUACCCUCCGGUACCUUUGAAAUAAUAUUAUUAACGAACGUUGUUUUUAAGCAACUCCGUGAGGUCGGAUUGUUGGACAAACGCGGGAGUGAAACUGAGUAGCGAAAGGACAGAUUGUCCUCAAAAAUUAUACCUAAGUCGGCCAAAUCAACUUGGAAAAAAAUCGAAUGAUAUCAGACAAACUAUAUUGCUUUAUUGUAAGCAAAAAUAAUUUUACAAUUUUACAAUUCUUCUAGAAAAUUUGCUCCAAAAUAUAGAUAUCUUUUCUGAAAGAUAAUUUUUUCUCGUUGGUGCACUAGGGAGAUCUUUUUUGUUGAAUAUUUAAUCUAGUUGGUAAACUAGAAAGUGGCUUUUUAAUAAUUUUUUUUCUCGUUUUAUAAUAAUUGAGCAAAACAGAAAAAUUACAUAAAACAGAAAAAUUUACAAAAAUAAUAAUUAUUGUAUUAUUAUUUUAAAUUUUGUAUUUUUAAUUUAAUUCAGUUUAAAAUAUUCAUAGAGACUUAAAAUAUUGAUAAACAACUUAUAUUUACUUUUUCUUAACGUAGCAGGACUUUCAGAAUAUUUGAGCAAUUUUUAAGCUAUUUAUAGAUAUAUUAAUUUUGCAAGUUUUUACUUAAUUUUUAUUUGAUAAGUAUUCUGUCGAUAAAUUAUUUAAUUUAACAGAAAUGCUUGCAAAUUUGAUAGGAGGUUCGUUUUAAGUCAAACUUAGUGGUAAAAAAAAAUGUAUUUUAAUGUAAUAUUGUAUUUAUGGUUUUUUUUAUUAGAGUUUUAAAACCAAGUUUUGACGAAAGUUAUAAAUAUUACGGCCUUUUAAAACAUGUUUAACCGAACUUCGCUCCAAAUAGUUUUUCAUUGUAAAUGGUUUAUCGUUGAUUACAGGUAUAAAUUAAAUAACUUUAUAUAUCUACCUUCUCCACUACCCUCCUACAACCCGUCUCCAGUAUUAACUCUUUUGUUUUUUUGUAAAUCUAGUCGGGAAAACUGAAUCCAUUGGUGAUCCAGAAUUGUAACAAUUACUUCAGUAAAUAUGUGCAAUAUGCGAUACACUAGUAUACUUAACACCACUAAAUAAUAACUAACAACUAAUUUAAAGAUUAAAAGCAAGUUCUAUAAGUUACUUUUUUGAUAAUUUUUAACUUAGCUUAAACAAAUAUUUAGAAUGUUAAGUAUAGAAAAAUAUAGUUAUUUUUUUGAAUAAAGAACUAAUUUUUAAUUACUAUGCUAAAAUUUUUAAAAAAAAUUAUAUAAAAACUAACUACCUAUGGUACUUAAAUGCCAUGAAUUUUAUCAAAUAAUUUUUAUCAAAAUUAGAACUUAAUAUAAUUCUAAAAAAAGUACUUCAUUAUGCACAACUUUUUAGUUAAUAUACAUCAAAUACAACUUAAAUAAAAUAUUUAUUAACAUCUCUGUUUAUCUAUACAAUUGUAUCCACAUAAAUCAAAUAAAAACUAAAAAAAAAUUAUUUUCAACAUUUCAUCACGCCUGGAAAUUAUUAAUGUAAGGGGGUUCUAUGGAAAUAUUAGGUCUGUACGAUAUUUUUUUACAGAGUUACAACAAAAAACAAAAUAGUAAAUUGCCAAAGGUACAAAUCAGGUAUAGAAAACCCCCCUUAAAAUAGCCGUAUUCCUCCAAAAAUCCCGGACAUUUAAAAAUGUUAUAUUGUAAAUGUGUACAAUUUUUAUUUUUAUUUUAUAUUUAUAUAUAAAUAUAUAAUAAGAACUAAUACCGGCCAUGCAAAGGGUCUCAUAAACAGAACGAUAAAUCGGCAGACUUAUCGUCAAACGUGGUCGAAGAGGCAGAUUGAUAAGUGUACUGGUAUUGAUACGGGCCCGUUGGUAGUCGUGUCGUCUUGUUGACGCUCACGGAGCUUCAACACUCCUACCGUUGACGUAUCGACAAACUUGUUGGAAAGUGUAUGAUAUUAUUGAUAUCGAUCACGCGCUUGCGUAAUACGUAUACGGUAUACUAUAGUAGUGACUGAGUUCGGAUUAGUAUUUAUUUGAUUAUGGUUGCCCAACGACCCUCGAAAAAGUGACAUCUAAUGUUUUUAUCAAUAAUGUCAAAAACUUGCCCACUGCCAGCGCUCACGGCGGAUGUUAAUAGUAUGAUAGUGAUGAUAACGAAUAAUAAUAAACUAAUAAAUCCACUGGGAGCUCUUGCAGUAAGCAGAUUUUGGUAAAAUUUGAUAAAAACACUUCGUGCCGUUUUUCACAACCAUAGCAUCUAUAGCUGUGGUACCUAUCUAUACCCAUAGCUGAAUAUAUAGAUAUAGUCACAACUGUUUAUUCCAUAGCUUUUCAUGGGGAAAAAACUCAACUGACAAUGAUAUUUAUUACCAGCUAGAUUGAAAUAACACGGGAAUACUGCCAGUGACGGCCAUUUUACCUGCGUAUGACAUAGUUGAGAUAAUAUGUACCUAUAUAUUUAGCCAUGCUCAUACCUACUUAUUUUAUUUUUUUUUUAAUUAUUUAAAUUUUGACAAUGACUUUCAAAUUCGAUAAAAAUUGUAUAACUGGAUAUCAUCAUCAUUAUCUAAAGUAAUAUGCAAAACAAGAGCAGCCAUAACUGCAACUUUUCUUUUCCUUCCCAGUAAUAAAUUGGAUAUUGUAUAAAAUCGUAAGAAAUUAAAUUUAACAUGAAAUAAAAACACAACAUUAGUACAUUGCACUCCGUAAAUAACUAUGGUACAUCGAAGUGAAACAGAAAUAAGAAAUAAGUUGAUAGAUAAAUUGGUUCGUGAGUGGAGUAGCGAUGUUUGACAAAAAAUCGACAGAUCGGUUUGAUGACGAGUUUGACAACACAUCGUUCCGUGUAUGGGACCAUUUAGUUAUAUAAUAUAAAUUAUCGUUAAGAGAAGUUUUAUUAUUGUUAUCUGCCAGUGGAAUAUCGCAUAUACUAUAAUAUUAUGUAGGUACUUCAUAAUAUAGGACUACUCCUUAUUAAACGCACGAUGCCAAUAACAAACGAUAAUCUUAUAUAGUAUUUGAAAUGUGUACACAUAUAUUACAAUAUACCUACUUCUAAAAAUAUUAAUUUUUAUUUUUAUAUUAAUAAAUUUGUUGAAUGUGAUCUUUUAACCCAGCCAUGUAUUGCGCUUAUCUCAUAUCUGAAUAUAUUUGUAUUUUUUUGUUUUGCCAUUUUCAUUAAUUUAAUCCGUGAUUAUCGUUUAUAAUUCUAUUCAAAUUUGUUAAGCCAUAUAUUUAUAUGAAAAGUAAGUGCAUUCAAACAUACUUCAAAGUUUUUAACACUUAACAAUGAAAAAUAAAAAGUUAUUUAAUAUAUUUAAUAUUAAAAAUAAAUCUACUACUACUUCUAAAAGUUAAGUUUGUGGCAUUUAAAUUGGGUAAGACUGAUGUGAGUUUGAACAUUCUAGCUGAAGAACUUGAUUUAGAAUCAUUAGCUUCAAGAUGUUUGUCUAAUGAUGUUGCUUUUAUUUAUAAGCUAAUUAUUGGACAAAUAAUUUAUCUAGAGUUUUUAAAAAAAUUAAUUUUAAGGUACUUUCUUUUAAUUUAAGGAAUAAUCCUCCCUAUUCUAUUCCUCAUUGCUCUAGCAACUUAUAUGCUAAUAGUCCUGAGUAUCGAUUUUUGGUUCAUGGUAAUAGUAUAUUGAACUUUGAUUUUUGUUUGAUUCGCGUAUUGAGUUAAGGAAUAUUGUAUUCCAAUAGUUUUAAAUAGUUUUUAGUAGUUUUAUGUAUUUAUGACUUAUAUAUUCAUAUAGUAUUAUUCUGUACUCAUUACCUCUUUGAGAUGAGAAAUAAAAUAAUAAAUAAUAAAAAAGUUAUGUAGUUUCUAUAGUUUCUACAAAAACAAAUAUUAAGAAUAGUCUAAUAGACUAUUAAGAAAGUAAGCCUAAUAGUUCUACGAGGCUCCCCACGGUUUUGUUUAGUAUAUAUUUGUCAAACCCCCUAAGUAAAAAAUUACGCCUAUGGUUAUUGCUGUUAACUUUUUCCUACGGGUUUUACAUUUUUUCCAAUAGUUAUGAAAAUCAGUUUUAAAAUUGAAAAAACCUCAUCAGUCACUAACUAAAUCUAAAAUGAUACAAAAAAAACUCUUAAUAUUUUGAUUGGAACAUGAAUUUUUUGUUUACAUAAUAAAAUGUUUAACUAAUUUCGAAAUCACCGUCAUUUUUAAUUUUCCGGAAAUUAAAGAUUUUGGUUUUAAUUUCCGGGAUUUUACAGUUUGAGAAUUUAUAUUUUCGAGAAUAUUACGUUCUAGUACUUUAUUUUCUAGAUUACUAUGAUCCAGAAUAUAACUUUCCGGGAAUUAUAUAGUAGAUUUAUAGAAAUUAUAGCCCCCACAUUUGAUAUCUUUUCUCUCCAACUCUCUCGGACUAUUCAAUUACAGUACAUCAUAAUAUUAUCUUAGUCCAUGAUGAUAAGGGGAAAAAAACAACAGGUAGACAUCAAUAAUAAUGUAUUAUUACAUUACGAAGAUUAAUCGAAUUCGCAAAUACUUACAGAUAACCUUUUUAAUUAAAUUUAGGAAAAUAGAAUAAUUCAAUGAAGCAUAAAACGGGGAUUUUUUAAAAAUAUUGUCGUAAAUAAACGUCUAGACCAGUAGUUCUUAACCAGAAUGUUGUGACACACUAGCGUGUUACGUAUUACUAUGAUGUGUGUCACUAAAAAAAUUGUUUAUUUAUGGUUGUUUAUACUUAACAGUUAAUACUGUACGUUUUCAAAGCAUACAUACUCCACAUUACUAUUUGUUGUGGUUAAACUUACAAGUAAGAAAAAUUAGGAAAAUGGUUUUACGUGUGGAUACGUAAAUAAGCAUGUCUUCAGUCAUUAAAGAUAAUAUACUGGUUGUGUGUGUCAAAUGUCAAUGUAUCAUUUUUAUUUCAUUAAUUUUUUUAAGUGUGUCGUUAUUUGUACGGGUCUAAAUUAGGGUGUCGUCACAUAAAACAAUUUGAGAACCACUGGUCUAGACUACUUCUAGAGUAUAAGUCCAGUGCUAUCGGCCUUAACUAGCAAAACUAGCAAAUACCUAACAUUAAUUAUUUCGCACUCCCGACGAAGACUUGUACCUUUAUCUAGACAAGUCCAAUUUUGAAUAUAUUAUGUAAUAUAGCUCAGAAUCUAUUCUAUAAUAAUAUUUCAUAAUCAAUUUCAUGAUUUCUCUAUAAAUUUGGAAAUGUGGCCAUUGACGUCUGAAACGGCCAGCUAAUUUGAACAUUGAUAUUGAAUACAUUCAUAUAAAAUCAUAUCGAUUUAAUAAUAUUACGCAUUUAGAAAAACUUGCAACACUAUGAGUUUACAAAGUAGCAAAAUUUCUGGUUUCUUUAUUGUAUAGUCAGAAACCUAAAUUAAUCCUAAUUCAUGAAUAGUCAUAACAGACAUUUUUUUUAAAAUUCUCUCGGUAUUUAUACUCAGGGGUAGAUCAGCCAAUCGAGACACCAAGAUUACCCGGAUGAGCUACCUUUAUUUUUGAUAAAAUAGACAGAUGUCCGAAAAGAAAAAAAGAAACCUCUUAGAAAACCUCGGAAAAUAAAAACUGAAAUUAGCUAUUCUCUCGUUGAACGAACUAUAGAAUGCUAUUCUUGUAUAUCAUUUGAAACAUUUUAUUAAAGCAUUCUUUAAUGUCGUUAAAUACCACUUUUAGUGAAGAUAACGCAACGCUCAAUGUUUAUCGUAAAAGCUAUUAUAGUGUUUAUCGUUUGCUCACAAAAUAUUAAUUUUAUUCCUAAUGUUUGUUGGAAGAAGGUAAAAGUAUAUUUUACGGACAAAUUUGGUUUUGUAACUAGAGAAGGUAAGGUAUAUUAUUUGACUAAAAUUUACAUUUUUGAUUUUGAGUGUAGCGAAUGUGUAUUGGUUUUACAAAGAUGUUUAUUCUGUUUUUUAAUUUUUUUAUACUCUAUAUAAAAAUUACACUAGAAAUCUUGCUCUGAAGUAUCAAGCAUAGCACCUUUUUUGAAAGGAAAUGUUCCUGAGGUAGUACUUUAAGAAAGUCAUUUUUGAUUUUCCCAAUAAAUGGGAAAAACGUAGAAAAAUCACAAAUAUUUACGAAAAUAAUGUUUUUAUUAUUUUCAAUUUUGUUUUUUUAUUGUAAUUUAGUGCAAAAUAUUCGUAGACAUUUGAAAUUUAGUCAGAAAUUUUAUAUUUGCCUUUUAUAUGAUGUCAGAACAUUUUCAAAACAUUUGAGCUAUUUUUAAGCUUUUAAACAUUUUAAUUUUAAGAGUUUUUUACGUAAUAUUUCUUCGGUACGUACUCUGUGGAUAAAAUUGUUAGACCAAAUAGUUGACUACUUGACAAUUUAACAGGAGGUUCAUUAUUAGAUUAUAAGUUGUAUUUAGUGGUCAACAAUUAAAAGUUAAGUUUAAUGUAAUAUUUUUUUUUUACAUACGUAAGAAUUUUAAUAUUAAAUUUUGACGAAAAUCGUAAAUAAUACGGACUUUUAAACAUAUAUAGCUGAACUCCGCUCAGAAUUGUUUUUCGUUAGCGAACAUUCGUUGCGUACAUAUGUACAUUAAAUUCCUCUCUAUAUCCUACCUUCCCAAUUUAUCACCUACAACCGUGGCUCACCCAUUGUGUAAAGUAUAUUCGUCUUUUUAUUUGCUCAUUUACCUAGAAUAUAUUAAAGUGAUUUUUGACCUUUUUCCAGAAUCAAAUUUUCCGAAGGUCAUUUAUCCCAAAUGAUAUAUUUCCCAAAUAGUAUUGAUUUUGCCCAAUUGUUUUUUUAGAACGGUAUAUUUCCAGAAUAGUAAAAAAAAAUAUUUUUAUACAAAUUAUUAUUAUUAAAUUUAUCAUUAUUUAAGAUUCAAAAAUUAAUAAAAAAUACAAAACAAAUGCAUAAUAUUUGCUCUUUAUUUGUUUUUGUCUACCAUAUUCGAAAACAUAUUAUUCGGGAAAUGUAUCAGCCGAGAAAUAUACCAAUCGAGAAGUGUGCCAUUUGGGAAAAAUAACAUUUGGGCAAUAGCAGUGGUGUGUUCAGCUUUUUCCUAUUGUGGGAGGGGGCGAUAAACUGUAUUUUAUUUUGAAAAGAGUCAUAUACAAAAAUGUACAAAGUGUACUUGUUAGUUAUUAGUGUAUACAUUGAUAUUUUAGGGGUAGGUAAUUAGGUGCAAAUUACAAUGUUAAUAUAUAAAUAUAUUAUGUACAUAGGUACCUAUUUUAGAUUAUUAGAAUGUAGCAAGAAAUGUAUGGUUUUACAAAGAUGUUUAUUUUUUUUUCAUAUAUAUAUAUUGUGUACAAUAACUCUACCAGAAAUCCGAUGUAUUCGAUGAAGAUUUUUUACUGAAAAUAAAUUUUUUUGGAAUGGUACUUAACGAAUGUAAUUUUUUAAUUUCUCCAAUAAAAAGACAAAGUGGUAAAAACGUAAGAAAACGGAAAAUUUAUGAAAAUAAUGCUUUUCUAAUUAUUAAAUUUAUUAAUUGUUGUAAUUCAGUUAAAAAAAUGCAUAGAUACUAAAAAUUUGGACAGAAAACUUUUAUUUGUCUUUUGUAAAUAUGCUAAAAUUUAAAAACAAUUUAAGCCAUUUUUAAGCUUUUUAUAGACAUUGUAAUUUCGAGAGUUUUGUACGUAAUUUUUAUUCGGUAGGUACGUUGUGGUAAAAUUGUUAGACUUAACAGAAAUAAUUAACAAUUUAACAGGAAAUUCAUUAAUAGUCAACUUUGUGGUCAAAAAUGAAAAUUUAUAUGAUGUAAUGAGUAUGGUGUAGUGUUUUUUCUUAUAAAUUAAUUUUAAAUUCAAAUUUUGAUGAAAAUCGUAAAAUAAUCGAAUCAUCGAACAAACAAUUAUGUGUAACAAAUCUAAUUUUGGAUUCCGAGCGUAGCGAGGGAGGUAGUAGUUUUAUUAAGAUGUUAAUUUUUUUCUUUCUUUCUUUCUUUCUUUUUUCUAGUCUGUGGACACGUUUUUUCCUAGUAAACCUGCUCCGAUGAAUAAUUGUAGCACCUAUUCUGAAAGCUUCAGUUGUGAUUUUUUGAUAUCAAUGCCAUUUUUUAAUAAAAGCACAUAAGUGAGGAAAAACGUAAGAAAACGUACAAUUUCACGAUUUUAUUUUUUUAUAAAAACACGGGUGACGUUUUCUACGUUUUCGUAUUUAUUCGAAAAAUCAUAAGAAACAUUUUUUUGUUGUCUUUUUAUUUUAUUUCCUAUUUUAAGCUUUUAAAGAAUAUUUUUUUGGAAGUUUUUUUGCUUUAAUUCAAAUAUAAAUACACGUAAAGACUUGAAACUUGUUAACAAUACUUAUAUUGGACUUACCUAGACGUGGUAAAAUUUCCAAAAUCAUCGGACGACUUUUUUUUCCUUUUCACAAUGUUACUUUUUGUAACAUGUUUUAAAAAUGUUUUUUUAUACUGUAGAACACUUUUAUUCUAAAAAACUUGCUCCAAUGUAUAAGUGUAGCACCUUUUCUGAAAUUCAAUUUUAUCUUCUUGGUAAAUACAUAGGUAACUUUUUGAUUUUCAAAACGGUAUUUAAAAUAAAAACGAUUAAUCGGGAUAAAAAUUACGAGUUUUUCACGAUCUCAUUAUUUUAAAUAAGUACCUACCACGUUUUCUAGCACAAAUAUGGCUCCAAUUGAAAAACAACAAGAGACCUUUUUUGUUGAAUUAUUAAUGUUGUUUUUAAUGAUUUAAAUUGUUCUUCUUUUUUAUUAAGCGUUUUGAAAUCAAAUUUAAACGAAAAUCGAAAAAAAAAUAACUGCACUUCAAAUUAUGUAGUACCGAACUGCGCUCAGAAUCGUCUUUGGCAGCAAUGGUUUAUCGUUGCUUACAGAUAUAAAUAAAAUAACCUUAUGUAUCCUACUUUCCCGAAUUCCCACCCACAUCAAUCGCUGUACUUGUCCUCAGUAUCAGCUCUUUUUUGUUUUGAAAAUAAUAUGCAUAUUGCCGUUUUAAGAAGGAUGAUGUAGUCAAAAUUAAGCACACUGACUAAAUUUUGAAAUUAUAGGUUUUUGAAGUUUUGAAUUUCGGCGGAUAUUUUAUGUUAAGUAAAAUAACUAAAUAUUUACUUUAUGUUUUUCGUAGUCUAAUGGUGACAGAUAGCUAUGGUAUUAUCUUCUUUCUAAAGAAAGAUAUUAUUUAUUUACACAAUAAUUAUUAUAGCUGCGCGUGACUUUCAGGUAUAUUAAGCAUGUGGUUUAUUGUUAUCGACUAAAUGUAAAUCUAUAUGUAUCUUUUUAAAGUAGGUACUUAUUUUUUAAAUAUUAUGCCCGGUUGCACAAAAAAUGUGUCAUAAAUAUUUUAUUGAUUCGUUAAUUUAUUGGAACUAUAAGUUUUAUAAAGUAUUUUAAAGAUAGAUAAAUACUAAAAAGUAAUUAAAGAAAUUUAAAAAUAUAAUAUUACGAAUUUAUGUUUUCAUCAAUUAUCGUAAAAUAAUAUUGUUACAAAUAAUAUAAUAUUUCCUUGACAACCAAAUAAACAACCGUCACUAUGUAUUAAUAACUAGAUACUAGGAACUAUACGGAUGAACAGAUACUAUGAAUAUGUACCCAAGGUGUUAUAAAAUUAUGCUUAGAAACCUAGAAAUUAAUUGCAUUAUACCUUUUAGUAUGUUUAGGAUAAUUUUCAACUUAAAAUAUUUAUAAUUUUUAGAUUUUAUUUUUUUAAAUAAUAAUUAUAUUAUUCUGGCUUAAUUAUUUGAAUUUCUUUUAUCUACAAGUUUUAUUAUCUUGUGUAUUUAAAAAUAUAUUUUUGAUUUUUCAAAAUGGUCAACUGUGUAAGGGAUGUGCAUGUAAUCAGAAAAGAAAGAUAUUUUCGAGCAUCUUUAAUUUUUGUCAAAUAAAAUCAUUAAUAAUUUUAGUACGUUAAAAAAAAAAAUCUAGUUUCCAUUCGAUGUUAGUACAAAAGACGUUUUCUAACAUUUCUCUACCAUAUAUAAUUAUAUCAUUUAUCCAUAAAUGAUAACAUUUCCAAUCCUAUUACAGACUGAUGGGUUGAUGAAUUGAAAUUCGUUUUUCGAUUCUGAGUGAACCAAGCAACAUAAAAGUUAAACUAGAUGAUAAUGUGAUACGUGGGGUUAUUUUUGUUUAAAUUAAUGUUUUCCUGUAUUUUAACAUGAUUUAGACGAACAAAACGAUUUAAUUCAAUCGAGAAUAACAUCAAAAGUUCAGAGUUCAACACCAAUACUUACCAUGGGAAAAUGUACCACUACAGUAAUCGUCUUGUCAUUAUUGCUACUGAUCAUCUCAACCAAUGGUACAUAUAUAAUAAUAAUAACAAAAUUAUAAUUAAUCUAAUGAAGUCUAAAAUAUUUCAUGCAAUUUUCAAACAUUAUAGAUAAAAAUACAACAAUAACUGUUAUAAUAUAAUAGUAGCCAAAAAUUGUUUUCACGUCAUAUAGGGGUAGUUCAGUAAGUAAAUAGACAAAUCACUGUAAGUAGGGAAUGAAUGACGAAAACAACUGCAGAUGUAUUAUAAAGAGGUCAUUUUUCAAUUUUCUCCGGAGUUUUCUCAACAAAUGUGAAAAACCGAAAGAAAAAAAAGGAAAAACGGAAUCCAUUUUAAUUUUGGAAUUUAAAUAAUUAAAACUUCACCAUAAUAUGGCGUAUAUAUAUUGUUGACAAAGCAACACUAUUAACUGAACUUAAAAUCAUUUUUCCGUAAGUAAUGAAGUAAUGGUUGCUUACAGGUAUACAUUAAAUUACCUUUAAUAGUAGCUGCACCCUUCACCAUUACCCUAAGGCAAUUUUUUACGAUUAUAACUGUAUUAGUCUAUUAGUGCAAACCGUCGUUCAUUAUAAAAUACCCGUUCGUAUUUUUAUUUCGAAGACGCGGUCUGAGAAUGAACUUUAUAAUUUAUUGCAUGUUAUUAGGCCGAGAACUGAGAUGGAAAAGAUCUACGAAUAACCAGGUCGAUAUUGCUCCCCUAACAAACAACGAUGCGCAAACCAAAUCGAUCGUCGGAGGACUAGACGACACGAUAAUAGAUCGGUUUUUAGUUAACGGCCAGAGCUUAGGAUUCAUCUAUUGGAACACGUAAGUGUUACAGACAUAUUACUCGAAUUUUGAAAAUGUUGAAAUAUUAUUAUCUUGCGUCAACGGUUAAAAUUAUAAAGCACAAUAAUAAAUUGAGACUGUUCAAAUUCAUAAUAUUAUUAUUAUUUUAGCAAACUCGGUAGGAAUACAUCGAUAAAUAUCGAGUUCGGUGACGAAAAAAAACUCGUCGACUAUUGGAUUCGGGGCAGCCCGUUGAAAAUGAUAACGCACGGAUUUAUUAGGUCGGCCAAUGAUGUGGAAGUGACAAGUAUUAAAUCGAGUGAGUUUUUAUUCCAGUUAAAUUGUAAAAGCAUAUCUUAUAAGGUACUUAUGUAUUUAUUUUUCACAAAAACAUUCAGGUUAUAUUGAUACGGGAAGUUAUAACGUAAUCACCUUCGACUGGAGUCACGUGUCAAAGAAUAUCAUUUAUCCGAUACCAGCUUAUUUAACCUCUCACAUUGGACAUUUGGUUGCAGAAUUCUUAAAAAAAUGUGUUGAAUAUAAAUUAAUUUCAUUUCGCGAAAUACACCUGAUCGGUCACAGUUUCGGUGCUCAUAUUUUCGCAGCUGCUGGUGACGCGUUAGACGGAAAAAUUGGUAGAAUUACAGGUGACAGGGCGCGUGAAACGAAAUAUAACGAACAAAACAAUAAUAAUUAAAAUUGUAUUUCGUGUUCAAUUAUAUUGCUAUAACAUUUAUAACAUAAAGGUAUGGACCCGGCUGCCUAUGGAUUCGAGUUUCUGGUAGUGCAACCGAAGCAUUUGAACAGUACGGACGCACAGUUCGUGGACGUGAUACAUUCGUCAGCGGGGACAUUCGGUUACGUCGAACCAAUAGGGCACGUCGAUUUUUAUCCGAACGGAGGAAUAACCCCUCAACCAGGAUGUAUGGAAGCAUUUUUGCCGGUCGACUUUCUAAGUCUCGGUAAGUAUUUUGUUUGAAAGCAAUAAAAUCCACAAAAUAUGAGCAUUCAUUUUUAUUUACUUUGUCGGUAUAAUCAACAUUGAAAUUGUCUUAAUUGCAAAAUAGAGCGUUUUAGUAUAAAGGCUAUAAGAUAUUAACUUAGAUUUGAGUAUUUUAUUUUUUUAUCAAUUUAACUUUUAACUUUUCAUUCAUACCCACUUUUUCUCAGCUACAUGUCCUCAGCUCCCCACCUCAACGUUUUGAAAUUCUAAAUGAGUCAUUAUUUUUUACUUUGUUUGUGGUUGUUUGUACUUUCGCUGUUCCUGAGAUAUACAUUUUUAUACUAUAAUAUCUAUUAAAAAUAUGUGUAAUAUGUAUAAUAUUACGAAUAAUGUCUUACGAGUUUAAUGUAUGUAUAUAAGGUACCUAUAUAUUAUAUUAUAUGUUUAACAUGGGAAGAUAAUAAUAAAAUAAACUGAAAAACAAAUUUAUUUCUGAUUCAUUUAUGACGAUUAAGCUGUCGUGGAAAAUAAAAAAAGUUUAGAAUAUGAUUUAGGCGAAAAAAAGAAAAAUGGAACAUAUUUAGUUAAAGACCCAACUAUUUUAUUCUACUAUGACUCUAGUCGUAAAAAUAGUAAAGUCAUAGGAAUUUUAAGAAAUGGAAACUUAACUGAUUUAAAAAAUAUUUUUAUCGACGGACAACCUUACAAAUAUAUGUACAUUUGACAACAUCCUUCACAUUAUUUGUGUACAUCAUAUGUUGAUAGUACGUCAUAUUUAACAUGGAUUAAUUUAAAUAAUAAUUAUUUGUUCUUUGGAUUAAUAAAAAGUUCAAUAAGAGAAGGUAUUAACACACAGACAUAUAGAAAAAGAGCUAAUAUUUUGAAAAACGUAAUGGCAGACUAUAAGAUACCCAAGACUUUUGGAAGUAUCAUAGUUUUAGAUGCAUCAUGUACAGCAUACAACUUAUUUAAACAACUAUUUCAAGACUAUUCAUCCCCUGAAGAGGAAAAAAAAUGGAACUAUGAUGAAAAAACAUCGCAUUGUAUAAUCAGUGCACAUUUGCCUACUGAAAAUUUAAAUUUUAUGUUUGAUAUUUUAAAAAAGUUCAUAUGAAGAAAAUGAGCUUAUAUGUGCUAACUGUUGACAUACCGUAACAAAAACAAUAAAACCAGAACAACAAUUAACUAUAAAGUCAUUAUUACUUAUGAAUAUAAAGAAAUUAAAUUAUGAUGUCUCCGUAAAAUUUAACGAAAUCCCGAGAAUAUUUAAUAUUUUAAUAAAAUUUACAUUCUUAGUGGACUAAUUUGUUUCAUAGCACCAUCAAGUAUACAAACAGGGGCAUCUCCAGAGCUUAACUAUGGAGAAGAGGGAUGCAAAACAAUUAAAUUUAAUAUUGAUAAGAAAAAUAGAUGGACAUACUUCACACGAUUGGCGGACUACUGUUAUAGAUGAGAAGUUGGGAAGGUAGAAUAUUGAGGAAAAUUUAAUGAACCGGGUGAUCCAUUAAAGUGGGUACACUCAUUAUCUCGGAAAGUAUUAACUUUUUCAGAAUUUGAUUUCUAAAACAUUUAUUAGAAAAUAUAUUUUAGUGGUGACAUUUUUAAUUUUCGUCGAUCUAUUGACGAAAUAUUCCCCUUUUAAUUUUGAAUCAGAGAAGAGUAGCGGAGUAACAUUUGUAUCACCAAAAUCAAAACAUAAAAGUGGAAUAUCUCGUCAACGGAUCGACGGAAAUUAAAAAUUUUACCACUAAAAUGUGUUUUAACUAAUACUCAAUCUAUUUAUGGACUUUUUAAUAUAAAUUGCCCUUUAAAAUCAAAAGUUGGUAGUGGUUUUACCUCCAAAAAUAAGGGUGACAAAAAAUAACAUAAAUAUAAAACUUUAGAGCAGCUCGUUUCUUAAAUGUUCUAGAAAAAAGUUAAUACUUUCCAAGAUAAUAAGUGUACAUACUUAAAUGUAUCACCCGGUAUAUCAGUAGUUAAGCAGAUUUAAGCAUUGCUAACAAAAUACGAUUCUGAGCGGAACUCGGUUAAAAGUAUUGUUCAGAGGCGUCUUCGGGUCAAUUCCGUGAGGAGCGAACAAUUUUUACUCUUGAAUACCACAGUUUUGGUCAACAAAAACUUAAAACCUUUAUGUCUGAUGACAUAUCAAUCUAGAUAAGAAUACUGCAGAUAUAUUGUACAAAUGCAAUAAAACAAUACAAUUUAAUAUUUAAAUUAAUUUUUUUCAUAUAUUAUAAAUAAUAAUUAAAAUAAUGAUAAUAUGAAUAACAAAAAUAAUAAUAACAAUAAUUAAUAAAAGUUAGAUGACCGAAUUCAAAACACAUUUAUUUUAAGCAGCAUUUCGCAAGCGGUUUGAUCAACAAUAUUUUUUAUAUUAAUGUUUUCAUUUGGAUGAAUAUUUAAAAAUGAUAAGCCAGAUAGCCUCUGCUCAACAUUUUUUUUUGCCACAAUUACGACUUUAAAUUAACUUCAUGUUAAAUUCUCAUACAUGUCUAUUUGGUUUAACAAUGUUAUCCACAGAGUACCUACCGAUUAAAAAUUGCGUACAAAAUUCGAAAAAUUAAAAUGUCUAUAAAUUGCUCAGAAAUUGUACAACAUCAAGAUAAGGCAAAUAUAAUAUUUCUGUCCAAAUAUCAAGUAUCUACGAAGACUUUUACUACAACAAAAAACAAAAUUAAAAAUAAUAAAAACAUUACUUUCGUAAAUUUUCCCGUCUUUUUAUGUUUUAUCCUAGGUUUUCCUGAAACAGUCGAACUUGGUUAUUUUGGCUUCUUUAACUCGAAAUUGUCUAUACCUCGAACUUUUUCUCCGGGCCCUAGAAUUUCCUAUUUAAACAAUGUGAACAAAUCUUGUUUAACUCGAAUAUUUUUGCGGAUAACUUGAAGUUUUGAGUUUUGUGAAUAUUAUAAAAUUGUGAAAUUUCCCUCAUGUACCUAUGUAUAUAUUUUAAUAUCGAAAAUAAGGUCAUUAGUGGUAUCGUUAGCGAUAAGUGGUUUAUCUAACUAGUUGAUUACACGACAAGGUAUGACUUCAGUGUUCAGUGCUUUGUGUUCUUUUCAAUGUGACGUACGUAAUUUUUCGUUCAUAAUGUCGUCAUCAAAAUGCGUGCUAAAAACGCUAACAUUCAAGGAAAAAGCGUCAGCUAUACGGGGAGUUGAAAAUGGAUUGAAAACAAAAUCUUUGAUAGCUAAAGAAUUUGGUAUUCCACUUCACACUUUGUCAACUUAAAAAUAAAGAAACAAUUUUAAAGAAGUUGGCUACGUCCAGUAAAAAGAGCAGAAAAGGGCUAGAGAACCAGAAAAUCUUAAUGUUGAUGAUUGUAUUUACAAAUGCUUUAAACAGACACGUGACAAAAAAAUCAAUAUAUUUUGUACUGUUUUAAACAUUUUUUUAUUUGGAAAACUCAAACUAUUUUUCCGGUCCCUUCAACUUCGAGUUAACCAAGUUUGACUGAAUUAUAAAAACUGCUUGGAAAAUCAAAACAUGACCUUUCUAAAGUAUCAUUUAGUUAAUAUGAAAAUAUUUUCUUUCAAAAAAAGUCCUACACAAGCAAGAUUUCUGGUGGAAAUUUUUGUCACAGUAUAAAAAAUCAUUGUAAAUCCAAUAGGUAUAUUCUUCGCUACACCAAGAAUCUAAAAUUUAAAUUAAAUUAAUCAUAUCCAAUUUUAAUCCUAAAAAUAUAUUUUUUUAUUAUAUCUUUUCAAAUUGAUUGUUCCCACUUAGUUUUCCAUAAUUCGAUCUCACCUCGCAGAGAAUAUUUAUUGAAAUAUAUAAAUGAGAAUUGUUUCAUUUUUGUUUCAAUUAAAGUAAGAUCCAGAAUCAUCUUUAUGGCAUUUGGAACUAGUUGUAUUUCAACUUAAGAAUUAUGAAUAUUUCGUAUGACAAACAAGAAUAUUACGCGACUUAGGGAGCGAAUGCCCCUAAGAGAACGGGAGAACGUAAAAAUAGAUACUUACAAUACUAAACAAAUAUUAUUGAAGAAAAUAUUUGAUACAUAUGUAAUUAUUUUACUAUAAUAUGACAUAUAUAUUUUUGACAAAGCAUCACUACCAAUUAAACUCCGUUGGAAAUCGUUUUUUCGUUAGCAAUGAUUUAUCGUUGCUUACAGAUAUACAUUAAAUACCAGUAUGUAUGCUACCUUCCUAACUUCCCACCUGCAGCAGUUGCUGCACCCACGACGAAGUAUGUCCGUCUUUCUUACUGUCACAAUUACAUUAAUUGUAAAAAAAAAAAUGAAGUUAUUUUAAAAAGUCAUUACAAUUUUCAAACUAAUUUUUAACUUAAUUUAGUUAUUCCAUUCAACAAUUAACUUUUCACGUACCUAUUCACGUAUAAAUUCUUUUUCGAUCAACUUAAUUUUAAAGAGUUAAUAUUAUCCAUUAAUUAGCCUAUCCUUGUUCAAUAUUAUUAUAAUCGUUUGUCUAUGUUCACAGUCCUUUGUAGUCAUGUGAGGGCACCACAAUAUUUUGUAGAUUCUAUAUAUAAGAGUACAUCGUUUAAAGCUGUGCAGUGUUCUUCAGCCGAAGAAUACACCAAUGGCCUAUGCACAAAUAAUCCUACAAAUUUUAUGGGCGAGGAUGCAAAUCCCAAGUAAGAAUAUAACCACAUUUUAUUAAAUAUGAUAUACAAUCAGUUACGUAAAGUAUGGAAACGAUUGGCUUGGUGUAUAUUGGGUUCUAAAUUCAACUAUAGCCAACGCUUAUAAACAAAAGUUUAUCAUAAGGAGUAUCCUCACAUUUUUGUUUACUUUAUAUUAUGAUGCCAUGUAUUGUUUAAAAUGUUCUUUCACGCGUCAUCAACGAAAAAUAGUACACUAAUGUGCAUGAGCAUACUAAUGUCAAAAUAUAAUUAUACACAGACCUAAUUCAUAGAAUAAGCCCCUUUCUUUUGUUACAAUAAACAAUUAUAAGAAUACAGACCUAUCGUAUUUAAAUGUCAAUACUAUUUAUAUCAAUAUUCAAAUUGCCUACAAAAGUAAUGUAUUUUUGUAGUUAAUAUAUUAUUAGAAAAAAUUUACGGAAAACCAAGUGCAAUUAAUUUUUUACUUCUACAUUUAAAUUAGUUUUGAUUUGUUUAUGAUAUUGACGAAUUUAAUCGAAAAACUUAAAUUUAAACGCGAAUAUUGUGACAUUAUACAUUUUACUUUUAUUGAAAAUUGCAAUUAAUAUGCAUAUAAUAACACAACUUGUCAAUAGUUUUUAUGGAAAACAAUCGAAAUUGUAUUAUUCGUUACGUGUUAAUUAUAUGAAUCUAUUAAUUAAAUAUCUUUAUUUUUUUUCAGCACUACAGGUGUUUUCUAUCUAAAGGCGUUUACUAACGCACCUGCUAUUGGAGCAGCAAAUUUUUUACUUAAUUACGUUAAUUAAACCAAAUUUUUUAAAAAAAAUCAUGUAAAUUUUAAUAUUUUUGUCAUUUUUUCAAAAAAUUGUACGUUAUAUUAUAUUGUAAAUCGACACCUCCAAGAGAUUAUUUGAGAAUCAUUAUGUUUUAAUUUAAAAUUAAAAUUAACGCAGCAUAAACAAACUAAUAUCAAUUUAAUUUACCUUAUAAGAAUAAUAUAAACCUAUAGUUUUUAUAAUGUAAUUCAAUAAUUCAACAUUUUUAUUAGUUUCAUCUCAAAGUUGCAAAAAAAUAAUAAUAUCUUCUCAAAUUCAAGCAAGAAAUAUACCUUUGGCAAUGGUAAGAUGGGUUUAAGUCAAGUUUGUCUUUUUUUUUUUAAUAUUGUCUUAUAAUUUGUUUUCCUUAACUUUUUUGGCCUAAAUGACUUAGGAUAUGUUCAUUAUAACCAUAUGUUAAACUGAAUAUUAAAAUACCAUAAGCUAAACAUGGCAUAUAAUUUUAUGACUAAGCAAUCCAUAAUGUCAUAUUUAGGUUAGGUCAUUUAACAGUGAUGUCAUUAUGUAAUUGAGCAAAUUUCAAAAUGUAAUUUUUAUUGAACUUUGACAUAAGCUAUUCUUCCCUGUAAGUAUCAUCAAUAGAACUUAGUAACUCUAAUUGGUUUUCCAUCUUUGUAUCCAAGUUCAAUUUUAUGUUUAUAAUUUACCUAUUAAUUAUGCAUCGGACCGGACUGAAAUUUAUUAUACAAUUAAUAUUUUAAAUUCUGACCGUAGUGUUUAAAGUAUACAAUGAUAUAAAAUGUAUCUACCUCACUCAUUUUUAGAAAUAUAACUACUAUUUUUGAAUAAAUAUUGAUAAUAAUUUGAUUAAUAAUCCCAUUUGCUAUAAGACAUACCUCACACACCACUACAAACAAUCAGGCAUGUGGUUCUACUGGAGAUCUUAAAUACGGAGCUUAUACUUACGGGUUUGAAUAGGUAUGUCAUUUUAUUUUUAAUGUUAACGGAAAAUAUACGAAUUGGUCGGUGUUGUUUUUAGCCAAAAUGAAUGGGGUAUUAUUUUAACGUAAAUAAUAAUUACCCCUUCGAAUUGUGUAUAGUGAACAUUGUAAAACUCUUUGAUUUCACCAUCGAAAAAAAAAUUAACGUAAAUUCAAUAAGAUAUUGUAUAUAAAUAUAUUAUUUUAUUAAUUGUCGUCGCCUUGUUUAAGCACUCGAUUACAAGUAAAAGCCAUCGAUUGCAGCCCAUAUCGAUACAUUAUGUUGUAAUCAAAUAAAAGCUAAACCUAAUAAUAUAUUGCGCGCACACGACGUAUUUAAUUAACCCAAAUUGAUUGCUUUUGGAUUCGACGGUCUUUGUUUUGUACAGGCGCGCGUGUAUUAAAAAAUACAAUAACGGUUUUUAAUAAAUAAAUUAUUAUAAUAUCGUUUUCAAAAAUAAACCGCAUCUUAAACGACAACGUUGCAACUGCCAUCGGAAUAUAAUUAAAAAGGUUUAUAUAUUUGUUUUAUUUUGUUUUUUUGUUUAGAGAGUUUUAUGUUAUAUGUACAAUCAUGCGUUUAUAUUAAUAUAUGCCGAACACCAAAAAAUUAGUGCA